CAACGACAUCAAGCCCUCAAGACUCAAGACAUGGCCUCGAGACCCACUGUCAACGUGCGCUCUCCAUCCGGAGAGGCCUCUACCUCCCUUCCCCUCCCUGCCGUUUUGACCGCCCCAAUCAGGCUCGAUGUCGUCGCUCAGGUGCACAAGAGUAUCGCCAAGAACAAAAGGCAGGCAUACGCCGUUAGCGAAAAGGCUGGUCACCAAACUAGUGCAGAGUCUUGGGGUACUGGACGAGCUGUAGCUCGUAUUCCUCGUGUUGGUGGUGGAGGAACCCACCGCUCUGGACAAGCUGCUUUCGGUAACAUGUGCCGUGGGGGUCGUAUGUUUGCGCCCACCAAGACUUGGCGCAAGUGGCACGUCAAGGUGAACCAGAACCAACGCCGCUUUGCCGUUGUUUCCGCCUUGGCUGCCUCUGCUCUUCCCUCCCUUGUUCUCGCUCGUGGUCACCGUAUCGAAGAGAUUGAGGAAGUUCCCCUCGUCGUUUCGUCUGCUGCCGAGUCGUUCAAGAAGACCAAGGAGGCCGUCGCCCUUCUCAAGUCCCUCCAUGCCUACCGUGACGUGGUCAAGGUCUCCAACUCGCGCAAACUUCGAGCUGGUAAGGGAAAGAUGAGGAAUCGCAGACACCGCCAACGCCGUGGUCCUCUCGUUGUCUACAACGAAGACAAUGGCAUUGUCAAGGCCUUCCGCAAUCUCCCCGGUGUCGAACUUGUCAAUGUCAGGCGCCUAAACCUCCUCCAACUGGCUCCCGGUGGUCAUCUCGGCCGUUUCGUUAUCUGGACUGAGGGUGCAUUCGGCCUCCUCGACGAAGUUUUCGGAACCUUUGACAAGGCUUCCGUAUUCAAAAAGGAUUACUUCCUCCCCACCGCCAAGAUUACCAACCCCGACGUUACCCGUUUGAUCAACAGCGACGAGAUCCAAUCUAUUGUUCGACCCGCCGGCCAGAAGGUCCAGAAACGCCCCUGGACUCAGAAGAAGAACCCUCUCGUCAACAAGGCUGUACUCUUCCGUCUGAACCCUUAUGCCAAGUCUCUUCGCAGACAGGAGCUUCUUAAGCAGGAACGCCUGAAGAAGAAGGGAGUCAAGAAGACCAAAGGUACUGCCGCUGGCGAGGCUUUCCUCACCACCCUACAGGCUCCUUAGAUAGUUACUGGGGUAGUCUGAUUCGUGGUCACUGUUCGACGGUAUAUGCAGCUUGCUAUAAGCCCCUCAUUAUGUAUUAUGCACCAUGCUAUGAGAUACUUGUCGUAACA